GUUGUAAAAUAAGAAGCGCGGAUCGGACAAUAUCGUAACAUUUGCUGUCGUUUUUGCGGGCAAGCAACAUGGGCUAUGAUAUAGAGCGCUUUGUUGGCUAUGUGAAUGAGGGACUUCUGUGCUGCAUUUGUCAAGAUGUGCUGGAAAACCCACUUCAGGCACCUUGUGAACAUGCCUUCUGCAGUACCUGCAUCCACGGCUGGUUGGUGCAUCACCAUAACUGUCCUGAAGACAGACAAUCACUUGAUGUUUCAGCAUUGCAGCCUUUAUUCAGGUAUAUGAAGAAUGACUUGAAUCAACUGCAGAUCCGAUGCAUAAACAGAGAACAUGGAUGUAAUAUGGUUUGUUCAUUUGAAUCUAUAGAUCUGCAUGAGCGGGAGUGUGAAUAUAGAUGGAUUCCAUGCAUCAAUGCCCGAGCCACUGCAGUCAUGGAGUACGAAGAGGAACAGGAGCAGGAGGUAUAUAACCCAGAGCUGGCAUUUUUGGAACACAGAACACCUCUGGAAGACUUGGAUGUUCCACCAAUCCUCUUGGCAGCAGUACUGCAGGCAGUGGUCUUGCCUGACCAGACUCUUCAUAAACCCCAGUGGCUAAGACAUUCCCUUUGCUGGCAGCAGGAUUUUAUUAGACCUGAGGUGGUGUUAAAGAUGCCUGGGCCCUCAUGA